GGAAUAUCAAUUACACUCAUAAAUCUAGUUUUUGAUGGGCUUUAACCUGGUAUAAAUACUUUCUGAUAUUAUCUGUCCUUUAGGUCGUGUAGGGGGGGAGAAAAAGGUUAUGUAACACCCUGUAUAUAAUCUGAUAGAGAAAAAUAAAGCUCUGUCUUUCUAUGAUAUUUGAUCGUUACUUCAACUAAUAUCAUAAUAUUAAAUUAUCUUUAAAAUCUAUUUCGGCUGGUUAUGUGCCGGUUGUAUUCAUACUAAUUUUGAAAAAAUACGAGUGAAUAUUUUUUGAAUAACUUUUGAUAAAAGCAAGAUAAAGAGCUGCGGUUUUCACCGUUGGAAAGAGGAGAUGAAGACGCAUCGAAUCAUAUAUUAUAGGUUUUUUUUAUCCGUUUCUUGUAAGGUUUUCAAUUACCCUUUUUAUGAACAAACAUAUUUGAUAAGUUGUUUACAGUGAAUUUUCAAUUAUCAAGUGUAAAUUCAACCCACUAUCUUCAUUUCAACUCGCAUCUUCAUUUCCUCUUUCCAACGGUGAACACCGCAACUCUCUAUCUUGUUUCUAUCAGAAGUUAUUCAAAAAAUAUUCACUAGCAUUCAUGGAACCGUGACACAUGCGAAGAAAACAGAUCUUAUCAAAAUUUUAUUAUUCUUAUAUUAGUUGGAGUAUGAUCAAAUAGCAUAGAAAAAUAGAGCGUUCUUUUCUCUAUCAGACUGCAUAGAAAGAAAAUUUCUUGAAGCUUAAUAUACAGUAUUAAAGUGUCACUGCCCGUACUUUUGGUAUGCCCUAAGUAUUACUAGACACUAUUAAAUUCUCUUAUUUUCUGUAUUUGUUAGUUUGUCUCAUUUAGACUCGUGUAACAGAAUGGUGCUUUAAUAUUCCAUUUUAUGAUACAUUAAGUUUUAUGCUCAAUAUUUGUGAUAAAAUUAAGUAUAGAUAUUUCGAUGAUAAAUCUGUUUUGUGGGAAGAUACCUAUAUCGAGAAUAUUCGUGUCCGAAUUUAUGAUCCAGUAAACGCAACAAAAACUCCUCAAAAGAAUGCUAAAGCACUUAUUCUUUAUUUUCAUGGAGGGGGUUUCUUUUUUGGUAGUGUGGGUUCACAUGACACAAUGAAUUAUUAUUUAUCAAAAUAUAGUGGUACGAAAAUAAUCGCCGUCGAUUAUCAUUUAUCUCCUACUGUUCAUUAUCCCGUUGCUGUUAAUCAAAGUAUUCGCGUAACACGCUAUAUUCUUCAGCAUCCACAAAAAUAUAAUAUUGAUCCAACACGAGUAUUUCUAGCUGGAGAUUCAGCUGGUGCUAAUUUAGUUAUAGUCAUUGAACGUUAUUUACAUAAAGAAUUAAUUUAUCCAAUUCGUGCAGAAAUCUUACUUUAUCCUCUUUUACAAAUGGUCAAUUAUAUGUUACCAUCAUAUCAAAAAUAUUUGAAAUAUGAGAUAUUAUCGGUUGUUACAGAAGAUUUUUUACGUAAUGUACCAAACUAUUAUUUAAAUGCAACAUUUGAUGGAUCACAAUUAUUUAAAAAUCAACAUUUAUCAAAACAAGAUUUAAAUAAAUUUUAUUCAGUAAUAAAUAAACAAUGGUUAAAUCAAUCAAAUAUCUAUAAGAGAUCCUAUGAUAUUGACAAAUUAUUACCAGAUGAUUAUUAUUUAAUGUCAACUACAAGUGAAUCUCAUCCAGAUACAUCAAAAUUAUUUCAUGAUGACAUCUCACCAUUACUAUCGUCAUCCAAUAUUAUUUCACAAACACCUUCAACAUUUUUAGUAUCAUGUGAAUAUGAUACUUUACAAAGUGAUUCUUUGUUAUAUUGGGAAAGAUUGAAAGAGGCACAUGUUGAAGUAGAAUAUAAACAUUAUCAAAUAUUUCAUGGGGCAAUGACAUUUGUUGAUUGGCCUGUAGCGUUUCCAGAUGCAUUUUCAAUUAUUGAAGAUAGUGCUGCUUUUAUUCGAAAAAAAAUUUAA